AGGAAAAAGACAAAAAUAUCUCAGCCGUUCAUCUACAUGGUCCUUAGAUCGCCACUCAUCAAUCCGCAUCUCAGUCUACAAAAAUGCAAGAUCCACGUCACCGAUCCGCGCGAAACGCCCCUAGCCAAUAAGAACACGUAAACCUUUUCUAUAUUAAUCACCGCUGCAGCCACUUCUCAUUCACAACUUCGCCCACUCUUCAUUCUAUCAAUUCCAAUCACCAAUUCAAAACCCUUCUUCCCUUGGAACAAAUUGAGAGAUCGUGAUGGCACCAAAGGCGGAGAAGAAGCCCGCAGAGGAGAAGAAGUCCACGGUGGGAGACAAGGCUCCGGCGGAGAAGAAGCCAAAGGCCGGAAAGAAGCUUCCGAAGGAGGGAGGCGCCGGCGGAGAAGGGAAGAAGAAGAAGAGGAACAAGAAGAGCGUGGAGACAUACAAGAUCUACAUCUUCAAGGUUCUGAAGCAGGUUCACCCUGACAUUGGUAUCUCAAGCAAGGCCAUGGGAAUCAUGAACAGCUUCAUCAACGACAUCUUCGAGAAGCUUGCCCAGGAAUCUUCUAGACUUGCCCGCUACAACAAGAAACCCACCAUCACUUCGAGGGAAAUUCAGACCGCGGUCAGGCUUGUGCUGCCCGGUGAAUUGGCUAAGCACGCCGUCUCUGAGGGUACCAAGGCCGUCACCAAGUUUACUAGCUCUUAAACUGUUGUUUAUGGGCUUGUUGCACGCCCAAGUCUGUUCUAUGUAUCUGGACACCUAUGUUCAGAUUUUAAUCAAUUGUAGGGGUGGUGAUAUAGUAUAGUGUAGCAUAUUGUUGGUACGGUACAUUGAAUUGCUGUUGAGAAUUAAUACAUUUGAGAUUCUCUAACUUAUUCGCUUAUGCAAUUUUUAUAGAUGUUGAUUACUUGAGUUAUGAUAAUCUAUCAACUUGUUUUUCA